GUCAUGUAGGUGUGUGUGUCUGUUUGGUGAGUUUGACGGCUGCGCGCAGCUCGCUCAGUUAUUUCUGACAUGACUCAAGAUGCGCGGACAAACAGUUCAUCCGUGAGCUCUUCUCCCAGACCAGAUCCUGUGAAAGAACUGUGAACAAGUAUAUACUGCACCAUCAGACUAGGACCUCUAAAUCAAUCGCUUUACAAACUCAUAAAAAAUGUAACCAACACGAGGAAUCAGCUAAACGUUUAUUUUACUGUCCAGUCUCAAGCGCGCGCUCGAUUUCCAGUCAGAAGAUCUCCCGGCGAGAGGAAAGUGGAUUUUUUUUACCAGUUUAAAGAAAGUGAAAACACUACGAGACAAUGUGGAGACCUCUCCUGCUUCUCAUCUAUCCUCUGCUGAUGUCUUUCUGCGGUGGCGUGUGCUUCAAGUGUCCGGAGAUCUGCAGAUGUUCUCAGAAGAGCAUCACCUGUAACAGCGCGACAGAAAACAUGAAGAGCAGAACUCAGAGCAGACUAGUUUUGAACUACAUCACUCUGAGAACCAUCAGCAGUCGCAGUUUUGACCGCCUGAAAGGAGUAAAAAGAAUAGAAAUCGCCCAGAGCAUAUCAUUGGAAACCAUAGAGACAGAAGCAUUCAACAGCCUUCUGAAUGUCUCAGAAAUCUCAAUCCAAAACACGCGGAGUCUUGUUCACAUCCACCUGCAGGCGUUCAACCACCUUCCCAAGCUGAGAUAUCUGGGCAUUUCCAACACGGGCAUAAGUGUAUUCCCUGACCUGACCUCCAUCUUCUCCCUGGAGCCCUAUUUCAUACUGGAUAUUUGUGAUAACCUCAACCUGCGUUCAGUCCCAUCAAAUGCUUUCAGUGGAAUGAUGAGUGAAUUCACCACAAUGAAUCUCUUUAACAAUGGAUUUCAAGAAAUAGAAAGCCAUGCCUUUAAUGGAACUAUAAUCGAUAAACUAGUAUUAAAGAACAACAAAGAUCUGCGUUUGAUCCAUGAAGAUGCUUUCAAAAAUGCGUUUGGCCCGACUUCGCUGGAUGUUUCGUCAACAGCACUGGAGACGCUGCCCUCUCAUGGUCUGGAGUCUGUGUUGAUGCUGGUGGCUCGUUCAGCGUUCGCUCUGAAGAGACUGCCUCCACUGAAGGGACUGAAGAGCCUCAGAGACGCGCAGCUCACGUAUCCCAGCCACUGCUGCGCUCUCCUCAGCUGGGACUCCUACAGGGAGGGUUCUGUUAUUGCUGCAUUGAGAAAUGGAUCAUCAUACUGUGAUGACAACAGCCCACUGGAUAAUCCAUCUGAGAUUGAUGACUCUCUAAUUCUGGACGGUCCUGUUGCUGCUGACAUCGUUGGAUCCACAUCAGCAGAAGACACUUUUGGAAGUGUAGUGGAGUUCCAAUACCCAGAGCUAGACCAGUGUCAGCGCCAACCAGCCCUGCAGUGCAGCCCCGAGGCCGACGCGUUCAACCCCUGCGAGGACAUCGCCGGCUUCGGGUUCUUACGGGUGGCCAUUUGGUUCAUCAACGUCCUUGCCAUCGCCGGCAACCUGACGGUACUGCUUGUGAUAUUUACAAGCCGCUGCAAACUGACCGUCCCGAGAUUCCUCAUGUGCCACCUGGCUAUCGCCGACCUCUGCAUCGGCGUGUAUCUCCUUAUGAUCGCCACCGUGGACCUCAGGACACGCGGACACUACAGCGAGCAUGCUAUUGAGUGGCAAACGGGAGCGGGAUGCGGCAUCGCCGGGUUUCUGUCUGUAUUCGGUGGUGAGUUGUCCGUCUACACACUGUCCACUAUUACCGUCGAGCGCUGGCACACGAUCACGCACGCUCUCCGGCUGGAACGCCGUCUGGGAUUGAGCCACGCUUCUGCGAUAAUGGUCGCCGGAUGGCUACUCUGUCUAGUGAUGGCGCUGCUGCCCUUGAUGGGCGUCAGCAGCUACAACAAGGUCAGCAUGUGUUUGCCGAUGGACAUCGAGACGCCUUUAUCCCAAGCCUACGUUAUACUGCUGCUGCUUUUCAACGUCGGCGCUUUCCUGGUGAUUUGCGGCUGCUACGUGUGCAUCUACACGGCCGUCCGCAACCCAGAGUUCCCGGGACGCGCCGCCGACACCAAGAUCGCCAAGCGCAUGGCCGUGCUAAUCUUCACAGACUUCCUGUGCAUGGCGCCCAUCUCGUUUUUCGCCAUCUCCGCGGCCUUCAAAGUCCCGCUCAUCACGGUGACCAACUCGAAGAUCCUCCUGGUGCUCUUCUACCCCAUCAACUCAUGCGCCAACCCGUUCCUCUACGCCAUCUUCACCAGGGCGUUCAGGAAAGACGCAUGCAUCCUGCUGAGCUCCAUGGGCUGCUGCGAGAGCAAAGCCAACUUGUAUCGAAUGAAGACAUACUGCUCGGAGAACAUCAACCGAAGCAAAAGCAGCUCCGGCUCCAAUGCGAACUCCAAAGCCCCUCGUGCCGUCAUGUGGAUGUCCAGCUUUCCCCAUCUAACACCUCGACCGCAGACGCAACGGGUCUAGGGAAACAGAGACAUUCAGACUCGUCUAAUUUCUUGGUGUUCUGCCCUUGAACUUUAAUGAAUCUUAUCUAAGAGACUCGGGGAAGAUGGUGCCAUUGCAACUCAUUUUCACUCUUAUCUCUCAAUGCAUUGACUUACAGUUCAGAAGACGCACAGGUCUUUUGAGAGAGAAUGUAGCGCCCAAAGAGGCUAUUGCUAAUGGGUAAAUGCACCAAAAAGCAGCAGGCCACUUUAUGUCACAAUUUCUACAUGAUCUUUCAUUUUUACAGAUAUUGACUGUGAGGUGAACACUCUAAAAAUGCUGGGUUGAAAACAACCAAAGUUGGGUUGAAUGUGGACAAACCCAGCGUUUGGGUUGUUUUGAGUUUUAACUCAACUAUUGUUUAAAAAAUACAAUAUGGCUGGCUUAAACGGGACAUAUCAUAAAAA